UCACAGUUGGUGACGAGUAUUAUGAAAAUGGCCUCGACCGUGCCCGUGAGCACGGUGAACUGGAGAAGAUGACGGUGUUGAGCUUUUUAAGUCAGUUGAACACUAAAGUGUCUUCUUUGAACACGUAGAUAAAAGUGAAGAAAACAAGAACAAAGAGACUGCCGGCAGAGAAGCGACUGAAACACAGAGCACUGCCUGUCUUCGUAGGGCUGAGGAGCCACUAUGGAGGAUAUCAACUCAAAUAUCAACGCGGACUUGGAGGUGCGUAAGCUCCAGGACUUGGUGAAGAAGCUCGAACAGCAAAACGAACAGCUUCGGAGUCGCUCUACGAUGUUGUCCUCGUCCGGAGCCAUGUCAGGGAACCACAGACCCCUCAGCGAAGGAUACGACUCGUCCUCCCUGUCAGGGAUGGCAGCCGGUCUGGCCGGCUUCCCUGGGGUGGGGUUCGUCGGAACGGGCGGCUACGGUGGUCUGCUGGAGAACAGCCGCUGUUUGAGCCCCAGACUGUCUUACGACGGGAUCAGCUUCAGGAGGGCGUAUGAUUAUGAGGGGGCAUCGGCUGCCGCCUCUGUGUCGAGUAUGAACUCACUUUAUUCGGACACCACCGGGGCUUUUACAGAUGAAGGGGAAACAUCGAUCCUAGACGAAGUGGAAAUAUUAGAUCUCGAAGACAUGGAUUGUCUGCACGAAGACGAGGACAGCUGGUUAUAUGAGGCGAAACUAAACAGUCCUCUGCAGAAAACCUUGAGUCCUAUUGUGUGGUGCCGCCAAGCUCUUGACCACCCCAGUCCUGAGAUGGAAUCAGCCAAGCGCUCCCUCAUCCACAGACUGGACCUCACGCUGUCAGCCAACAAACGUAGGAGCCUGUACGGAAGCCCCUACAACCAGCCGGGUUAUGGGAGUCCAUAUAGCACAAACGCAGCCAACAGUCCUUACAGCAGUGGCUUCAACUCCCCCUCCUCAACCCCCAGCAGAGUGCCCAUUGUCAGACAGCAACUAAUGCCUGGGAAUGCAGUUCACCAGCGAAACGCAGCAGCAGAGAGGAAUCCUCCGGCGGUGAGCCCGCAGUCAUCAGUGGACAGUGAGCUGAGCACCUCAGAGAUGGAUGAGGACUCAGUGGGCUCCUCAACUACCUACAAACUUAACGAUGUCACUGAUGUCCAGAUACUGGCGCGCAUGCAGGAAGAGAGUCUGAGGCAAGAUUAUGCUGCAACAGCAUCCAGACGGAGCUCAGGUUCAUCCUGUCACUCAUUGCGGCGCAGCACCUUCAGCGACCAGGAGUUAGAUGCACACAGUCUGGAGGACGAAGAGGAGGCGGUGCACCCGGCCUUCCACCUGCCCUCCAACCGCUUCAGCCCCUCCCCUCGACACUCUCCACGCGCCUCGCCCAGGAAUUCGCCCCGCUCUCGUUCCCCUGCCCGCUCUAUUGACUACAGCCACAGCCGUGGCUCGCCUCAGCCCGUCAUCAGCCGCCUGCAGCAGCCUCGCCACUCGCUGCAGGGCCACGGGCACGACCUGCAGACCAAUGUGGUGAAGAACGAAGAAAAGCUGCGUCGUAGUCUUCCCAACCUCACACGCUCCUCAGCGGUGACUGCCCAGGGCCCAGAACCUGUCAAGAACAGCCGCAGCUGUGAGUCAAACCUGCAAGUGCCAAACGGUGGCUCUCCUCGACAUCAGAACCAGUCUGCUACAGCAGCUCAGCUCCCGAGAUACUCGACCCCUUCUCGCUCCUCCCCGAAACCCAAACAGCACCUCCAAAGCCCAACUGCCCUGCGAGUCCCCUCUCCUAGUAAGCUGCGGACUCCAGCCACCCCAUCCCCACUGGCCUUGAGGCAGCCGGUAAAGGCCUCAUCCAACCCCGGUUCUGCCACCUCUACCCCGACCCGCUCCCUUGCUCCUCCCCGUAGCGGCCUGCCCCGUCCCAGUGCUUCUUCAGGAGGGGGGAUCCCUCUGCCUCGCAGCAAACUGGCCCAGCCUGUGCGCAGAUCUCUUCCUGCUCCUCGGACCUACAGCGGUGCAGGUGACAACUGGAGGGAAGGUUGUUACUGAAAUGAGCCAGCAGGGGGCUCUCCAAUCAAACGAUCAACACAAGGAGGCAGACAUUACAACAUGGCACUUUAUCUACCUAGAUACCUUUUACAGUGAAGAGAGAGAGACUAUGUCCCCAAAAUAUAUAGAAUUAAAAAAAAUAAAAGGUGAGGAUAGUGUCCACACGGUGUCAAAGAGGACCUCCCAUCGUGUUUCUCUGUAAGGUCUGGCUCUGGAGGGGUCCGGCAUGUAGUGCAGACAGCCCAGAAAAUGCCAAAGAAACCAGCCCGACUCCAGCUCCACCAUCAGAGGACACAUCACCUGCCUUGGUUUGACUGCAGUCAUCUGUCAGACAGCCCAUAUCACUUCUUUGCCCAGCUUUCCUCCCAUUCCUCUCCCCUGUUCUUUUUUCACCUCCCUCAGGUUGAAAUGUUUCCACGCAUUUCUCUCUUUAUGCUCUGUGUUAAACAGAUGUUGGUGAGCGAUCUCUAUGAUGAUGCUGUGCAGGUGAAAUGUCCCGUAAUGUUAGAGAAUUGUUGAUGUCUUGCAACAGUGAAAGCACCUCUGUGUGAGUAUGACAUUUAAGAAUCGUGUCUCGCGUAAAGUCAGCCAGAAUGUAUGCAAGUUUGUUUUGGAAAUUAUUUAUUCAAAUUAUUUAAGAAAUGUAUGUCUAAACAUCCAUAUCAGUAUUUUGUUUUAAGAUUUCAGUUGUUUAAAAUGUACAUUUUGAACCUCAACUGCAAGCUAACUCUCCAAAGCCUUUUUUUUUUGUUUGUGUCAAAUCAGGACUUGUGAGAAACCCGGGUGAUUAAUGAGCCCUCGGCCAAAGCCUCAGUUCUGAUUUGUACUACAGUUUGCCAACAUUAUUAUUUUCCAUCGAAGUGCUGAGGUUGGACAGUUUACACGUUGACAUUAGGUCUGAGUUACAUCUUAUGUCUGAAGCAACUCCAUCUAUUAAGAAAAAAGCCUGAGCUGAAAAAUAGAUCAGAUUAAUUCAGCCAAUGGAACCAAGAAAACAUUUCUGUGGUUCAUUAAAUUCCCAUAACAGAUUUGACAGUAUAUAUCCUUCAUGCCAUGACAACAAGAAAGGAAAAUGUCAUGUCGAAUAAGUUUUGCUGGCUUUUACCUCUUGUGCUAUGAAAAUGAAUCAAAAGGUGUGCCAGUGUUAAGCUGUUCUGGUAAUUGGUGUGAUGGGUGUUAUGAAACUAGUGCCUAUAAUUUAAAGUUUCACUUGAGUUUGAACAUCUUUUGUUUGUUCGUUUAUCACUUUGUGCCAAUUCUGGUUUUGCCAAUAUUUUUUUGCAAAUUUGCAUCUCUGCUUGUUUGAUCUGCUUGCCUGUUUGUUUAUUGUAAUUAAAUCAAAUACAUUUAUAAUUGCUUUAAAAAAAUAAAAUGCGCCUUCAUAUUUAUAACUAAUUACUCCUUCUGUAAAUGAAACUAUUUAUUAAAGAGAGAGGUGCCUCUGUUAAAGCUCAGAUUCAGUGGGAAGCUAGAACGAAUGUUGCAAAAAGACAUACCACACCUUUUGUGUGAUCGUUUUUGUUAUUGAACUUUUUUUUAUAUCCACAAACAUGACAUUCAGUUUCCCUGUGUAAAUUCACAUUUCAAAUAAAAGCUGAAAACUUG